AUGCUCUUCGGUGACCCUCUCUCCCUCCUCUUACUCGCCGGCUACGUCUCCGCCAACUCAGGCUGGCCCCGAGGAUGGCCUCACUUGCGCCAAGGGCUGGUCCAUGCACAAGGAGGAGACGUGCUCAAGCCAGCUCCUCGACAUCAACUCAGCGCCCGGUACCCUUCUCCACGCGGCGACAGCCCCCGGGAACCAGAGCAAGGCGCCAGUAAUCCCGAAGCCUGGGCCGGCGUUGUUGUACACAAGGCCACCCGGAACGGUCAGACCAAUAGACUGGAUCAGCUCCAGCCGCCUCACCAACCCCAACGGCAUCAGCAGUCCCUACCCCAGCAGCAGCAGCUCGCUCAACAGCAGCCGCCUCAGCCUCCACAGCCCCAGCCCCUGGCUCACCCUCUUUGGCAGAGAGUAGACCUGUGUUUACAAAUAGCAGUCCCGGUCAUUCUACUUGCGAGUGCAGCCUGCCUGACUGUUGGGCUGGGGCUGGACUGGAACCAUCGUACGGCUCCAGGUCAUGUUUUGUACGACUACGCCGGCCCAGGCAUCUGGAUCAUUGGCGCCUUUUUGUCGUUCCCCAGCCUUAUCGCCGCCUGGAACAGGGUACCGGGGGCUGAGUUGGCGGCGAGGGGCUGGAUUGCGGUGGCAAUGGUCGCGCUGGAUCUAGGCGUCGGCAACGCGGUGGGCAACAUCGUCCACUACAGCUCCAGCCCCAAUUCCCUUCUCGAUCUCCCCGACAUGCCACCUCUUACUGAAGAAGAGCAACACGCGAACAUGGACGACAUGAUAGCCGCCGCGUUGAGGGACAGCAAGCGAGAAAGGGAGCGCUACGAAGGCGAGGGAGUUGCGAGCUCGAGUACUGAAACACCCCCUUCUUCCUAUGGCGAGGUGUUUGCUCAGGAGUCCUCAGAGGACUACCAGGAUGGCGAAGAAUCGUCAGACUACACUAUGUGA